CUAGCAAAUACUCAUGCUCCUAAGCGAACGCAUCCCGAGAUCAUCUUUCUUACCUAUUCUUUCUCUCUAAAACACGGUUCGUAAUCUCGCAGGGCGCCCAGGUUCAAUAAACCUGUCCCAUACUAAUCAAUACUCGAAAGACCAAGUCUCAUCAGAGCACAACGGUAGUUAUGACCUACAAGAAGAUCGGGGUAUUUGGCGCUACCGGCCUAUUGGGAAAGGAAGUAACCCGCGCCCUGGUCGAAGAGGGUUUUGAGGUUAUCCCGUUCUCGCGGAGCGCUUCGCCGCAAACUAUUGCCGGCGUCCAAACACAACAAAUUACACCUGAGACUUCCCUAGUUGGAUUCGAUGCCAUUGUAUCCACUGUCGGCCCCUCCGGCUGGGCGGAUCAGAUCCCCUUGAUCACGCGCGCCAAAGCCGAUGGUGUCAGACGAUUCAUUCCAAGCGAAUUUGGGAUGGAUCAUCGCGGUCAGCAUGUCGAUUACUUGACGCCGAAGGAGAAUUCUCUCAAAGCAGUGCAAGAGGCUGGUUUCGUCGACGGCUGGACAGCGUUCAUAAACGGCUUCUUCGAAACGGUCGUCCCAUUAAUGACUAAAAUUGACUUAUCAACCUCUACACUCAAAGUGGUCGGUAAAGGCACGACGGAAUACCCCUUUGUCUUCAGACAUGAUAUCGGCCGCGCCAUCGCGCAGACGCUCAAGGCUCCCCCAGAGACAUAUAAGGACUCGUGGGUUGUGCUGACCAGUGCCUGGGCCUCGGGCAACCAGCUCGCGCAGUGGAUCGAGGAAGCUGCGGGUAAGAAGUUGACGAUUGAGCAUGUUGAGCCGGAUGCGUCGACGCCGAUUAUUUCGUUGUUGGAGAAGACGGGCGGGAAUGUGUUUGAGAGGGGGAUUGAGACGAAGGGGUUGGGGAUUGAGUGGGGUGAUUUCGAGGCAUAUGUGAAGAGUUUGGUUAAGUGAAUAGCGGAAGUUUUUUCAAGUGCGACAGUCAUUUCUGAACAUGGUAUACAAAUGGUCAUAUUCUUUUUCUGAGACAGCAUAGCUCAAAUAUAGCACAGAAAUACCAUACAUACAUAAUACAUAGAAACCGCCCCGCAUCACCCAUUCAUGCAACU